AGGACGUGAGUGGUCAGACAGGUGACUGAGAGCUGGGACGCCUGAGGCCUGCCCUGACUGAGUCACUGCGCUGUUGUUGUCACCAUCCUUGUUGAAGUCCCGGCUCAGCACCCCAGACCUCUGUGGAGGCAGCAGCAGCUCCUAUUCUUCCAAGCUUUCCAGAGAAGCUAGUGGCCUGAUGGUGAGGCGAGUGGGCUGGGCGGGGAGCAGAGGGCGGCUGGGGCCGUGGGGAGACCUGGGGCCUGGAUCAGUGCCUCUCCUCCCCAUGCCCCUGCCUCCUCUUCCUCCUCCUCCAUGUCGGGGUCCUGGCGGAGGGAGGAUUUCCAUCUUCUCUCUGUCCCCUGCCCCUCACACAAGAAGCUCCCCUUCCUCGGCUCCCCCUCUGGCCCUGGGACCCCCCUGCCCAGCGGUGCAGGCCCCAGGGGCCUCUCAGCCUCGCCACAGUGCCCUCCCCACCCCCACAACGCAGGCACAGCCCGCGAUGACCCCCACCUCUGCUCCCCCCUCUUGGGGCUGCCACUCCACCCCACCCCCAGCCUCAGUGACUCCCCCUGCCUCACACCGAUGCCCCCAGGACCCUCCUGGGCUGCGGAUAGGCCCUCUGAUCCCUGAGCAGGAUUAUGAGCGGCUGGAAGACUGUGACCCUGAGGGGUCCCAAGACUCACCCCUCCAUGGGGAGGAUCAGCAGCCCCUGCUCCAUGUGCCUGAAGGGCUCCGAGGCUCCUGGCACCACAUCCAGAACCUGGACAGCUUCUUCACCAAGAUCUAUAGCUACCACCAGAGGAAUGGCUUUGCCUGCAUCCUGCUGGAGGAUGUCUUCCAAUUGGGACAAUUUGUCUUCAUUGUCACCUUCACAACCUUCCUCCUUCGGUGCGUGGAUUAUAACAUCCUCUUCGCCAACCAACCAAACAACCGGACCAGACCUGUGUUGCUCCACAACAAAGUAACCUUGGCGGAUGCCAUCUUAUCCUCCUCCCAGUGUGCCCAGCGGAUCCGCUCCAGCCCCCUGCUGGUCUUCCUGCUGAUCCUGGCUGCAGCCUUCUGGCUGUUACAGCUGCUUCGCUCAGUCUGCAACCUCUUCAGCUACUGGGACAUCCAGGUGUUUUACAGGGAGGCCCUGCACAUCCCCCCGGAGGAGCUCAGCUCGGUGCCCUGGGCCGAGGUGCAGUCCCGCCUGCUGGCGCUGCAGAAGAGCGGGGGGCUGUGCGUGCAGCCGCGGCCGCUGACCGAGCUCGACGUCCACCACCGCAUCCUGCGCUACACCAACUACAAGGUGGCGCUGGCCAACAAGGGCCUACUGCCGGCCCGCUGCGCGCUGCCCUGGGGAGGCAGUGCGGCCUUCCUCAGCCGCGGCCUGGCGCUCAACGUCGACCUGCUUCUCUUCCGCGGGCCCUUCUCGCUCUUCCGCGGGGGCUGGGAGCUGCCCGACGCCUACAAGCGCAGCGACCAGCGGGGCGCCCUGGCCGCGCGCUGGCGGCGCACGGUGCUGCUGCUGGCCGCCGUGAACCUGGCGCUGAGCCCGCUGGUGCUGGCCUGGCAGGUGCUGCACGCCUUCUACAGCCACGCGGAGCUGCUGCGGCGCGAGCCCGGGGCGCUGGGGAUUCGGAAGUCUCCGCGGCCUGGGGCGCGCUGGGGGAACACUGUGAUGGCCGAGCUGACACAUGAGAACGACAGGUGUCAGAGCCCCGCCUUCACUGCCACCGCGGGGAGGGGUGGCAUCUGGCGCAGUGUAGAGGGCACUCACCGGAGGUUGCCCCGGUUCGUGGCAUACUUGAUGUGGUUGCAGAUGUAG